AUGGCCCCACCAUCAAAAUCGGGUACCGCCCCGGGCGCACGGCAGGCAGCCGGACCGGCCGAGUGGAUAUACUCCACUUUUGGCCAGGCGGCAGACGACUACCGCGAUACUAACAUCAACGAGGCCGUCGACAUCUAUUCGUACUCUAUGCCAGCGCGGCAGCGCGCCUUUGUAACGAACCGACUGAUCCGCUACUUUGGCUGGGACAGGCCCUCGUAUAGCGUCGACUCGGCCUGCGCCUCCAGCCCGUCGGCGAUGCUGCUGGUCUGCUCGGCCCUCUAA